GGUGAGUUGAAAGGUGAAAAAAGAAAGUGAAUUGAGAUAAAUGUCUGCGAAAGUUACAUAAAUUGUAUCAUUUCAACUUGCUUCAACUUGAACAUUGGCAUCAUUUCUGUCUUUGGCUCAAUCGUCUUCUUGGCAGAUAAUAUUUUUUCAUUUCUCCCCUUCCAUCGUCAUCUUGUUCAUAGUGAUGACCUUAGCAUUAACAAAAGUGCUGUGCUAGUGGUUACAUGAUAAUAAAGUUUCUCAACAACAUCAGUGUAAAUUUUUUAUCACCAAUCAUUGACUUGAACAAUUUCUAUUUUCUUUGUCUAUUUGUGUUACCAUCUACUUAUUGUUGAUCGAGAAAAACAUAAUUGUCCAUUGUUCAACCCUUUACCUUGGACACAAUGUUGAUGGUCAAAACAAUUCUAGUCUGCUGUUUAUUUUUCAUAUCUCUGUUCACUUUGUCUCAUGCUUCAUCUUGGAAUUGGUUUUGGUGGAAUGAAAAGGAUGCCAAUUUCAAUCCAUCCAAUACAGUGAAUGAUGUACCCAAAAGUCCAAUUAUUCUUGUUCCAGGUGACGGUGGAAGCCAAUUGGAAGCUCAAGUUGAUAAGCCAGAAGUGGUUCAUUACAUAUGCCAACAAAAGACGAGCGAAUAUUUCACUUUAUGGUUAAAUUUAGCUGAUCUAGUCCCUUAUGUAAUUGAUUGCUGGGUGGAUAAUAUGAGAUUGUUAUACGAUCCUGAAACUAGGAAAACUCACAACCCGCCAGGGGUUUCGAUUCGGGUCCCAGGAUUUGGUAAUACAUCGACAGUUGAAUAUGUUGAUCCAAGUCAAGUUUCCCUCGCAGGUUAUUUUAAUGUCCUUGUAGCCGAAAUGGUUAAAAUUGGUUAUCAAAGAGGCAUCAAUAUCCGUGGUGCUCCUUAUGACUUCCGUAAAUCCCCACUUGAAUUGGACGAUUUUUACAAAAAUUUCAAAUCACUGGUUGAAGAAACGUAUACCAUUAACGGUGGACGAAAAGUUAUGAUCGUCUGCCAUUCCCUCGGUUGUCCAACAAUGUUAUAUUUUCUGAAUCGUCAAAAAUUCUAUUGGAAAAAUAAAUACGUCAAAAGUUUUGUCACAUUAGCUGGUGCAUGGGGUGGAGCAGUAAAGGCACUUAAAGCAUAUGCUUCAGGUGAUAAUUUUGGCGUUAUUACUAUAACAGCAUUGACCAUUCGAAAAGAAGAAAGAACAUUCCCAAGUUUAGCUUAUUUACUUCCAAGUGACAAAUUUUGGGCUCCUCAUCAAACUUUGUUAUCGACAGGACGCAAAAACUAUACUGUAGCAGACUAUCAGCAAUUUUUCAACGAUAUCAAUUAUCCUAUUGGUUAUGAAAUGUGGAAAGACACCAAAGAGUUGACCCAAUCUAUGGACUCCCCUGAAGUCACAGUUCAUUGUUUACAUGGUGUUGGUUUGAAAACUAUGAGCUCCUUACGUUAUAGUUAUGAGAAUUUUCCAAAUCAUGAUCCUCUGGCAGAAUCAAGUGAUGGAGAUGGAACAGUUAAUCUUGCAAGUUUGAGAGGUUGUCUAAGAAUGCAGCAACAACAAUUAAAACCAGUUCAUUAUACCACUUUCAAAGGUGUAGAUCAUAUGGCAAUAAUGUCGGAUCCGAAUGUUAUUCAAUACUUGAAACGGAUAUCUAUUUAUAAUCCUAAUGAGGAACAGUCAAGUUGGUGGGAAACAAUCUGGGGUGGACUGAAUCAAUUCUAUGAUAAAAUUCGCCAUCCUUAAAAGUUUUGGUUCCAUACUAAAAAACAGGCUGAAAGAAUCGACGAUUUACCUCCGCAGAAAUAAACUCAUGAGAAACAAAUAAAAUAAUUUAAGUACUCAAAGUAAAUUUGAUUCCUUAUUUAAAUUUAAAUUAAUUUAAACUAAAGUCAAUUACAAAUUUUAUAAAAUAAAUGUCAAACAUUGAAAUAAAAAUUGAAAACUAAAAUUAA